AUGGUGCAAGACGUCCUUGAUCUCUUGAAUCAACCCCUACUGGACGAGCUGACAACUACCAACGAUCAAUUCAACCACAUUACGCUGCGGAACGACCCAGAGCGCCAAUACCAAUCACCCGAAUCUGAGUCCGACCUGCCGAGAUAUGCGGACUCCGUUAACUCGAUAUGUUCUCAACGUCAGGGGAAUUGCCACCUUGACGCCGACAACUUCAACAGAAAUAUUCCAGCAGGCACAGGGGUAGGGAAGGAUGCAGCAGCGCCAGAAAGCUAUGUCCGUGGAGUUUUGAGAACAGGACCACUAAGGCGGCAGAAUCACGCUUGCGACACCUGUAGGUCGUCAAAAAGAGCUUGUGACCUACCUGUUGAUGGGACUGUCUUGCAAAAGCAUGAAACUCGCCAGAGUUGUACGACGUGCAGAAUACGAGGUGUUCCGUGCACCACCAUAUGGCUGUCUAAGAAGCGCUCACAGCGAGCCAAGAAGUGGGCACAGAAUGCAGCACGAAACUCGGGUGUCAAUGGGAGAAAGGCUGUCGAGUCCGUGGCUGUUGCUAACGACUGCCCUGUCCCAAAGUUUGGUACAAAGCAAAACGAAUUGGCAACUACAGUACUGGCUGGUGCUCUUUGCGAAGAGCUCUGUCAUGUAUACAUAAGCGUCUGGGAUAUACCAAUCUCGCAAUGUUUACUUCAAGGAAGCUUGCCACCUCAAUAUUCUCGAGGUAUUAGCGCUUAUGGUCCAUUGUGCAGAGAACUUCGCGAGUCGGACCGUAUUCCUCAAGGCAAAAGCUGGAUCCUCACUCACUGGCCGUUGGAGGACUCCAAUACUGCUUCACCCAUGAAGAUGGUAACAGAUUCUCGCCCUCAUCUAUUUAACACCGCAUACGUGCUUGAUGUGUUCUUUUCUGAGUCAGGGCACAGUUCCCUCCCUCCAAAUUUGAGAUUGACGCGAGAUAAAACUAUCGACGACGCGUACAAAUGGGCGGCCGUGGCAACAGCUGCCCAGUUUGUAGUGGGAGAGUCCGAGAAAACAAAUGACCGCAGUGAGAGAUCCCGCAAGAAGGCUCUUUUAUCACAGAGUCGUGAUGUCGCUGCCUGUGCAUGGCAUAAAGCUAGAGACGCUGCGUUCCGGAGCAUUGCCGCUACCACAUCAUUUAGGCAUGCUAUAGCGCUCGUCAUCUUUGGAAUGAUACCGACUUCGGGGAAUUCGGCUCACGAUGGGAGAUUAUACGAGCAGGACUCUGUUUAUGCCCUUCGAGAGGGCUUGCAGCGCCUUUGCAAUUUGUGUAAACGGGCACGACUACGUCUUGCCGCUACAGACACCACGAAUAGAGCUCAAGAUUCACCUCGCGAUGAACGGAGUAGUAGCAGUCAUGAGCUAUUCCCAGGAGUGACUGAAAAUUUAAUCGAAUUGCUUGGUGCAGUGGAAUGGAUGGUGUCCAUGCUCAACUCUUUGGCCAUCGUCACAUCCAAGGGAAGUAAUUGCCCUUUACCGAUCGACAGGCAGCAUACCGAAACUCCCUGGGAAGACAGUACCUGGUUGAAUACCACGCCGAUUAGUUGGCCAUACGACCCAGAGAUCGACCACUCAAUUGUAACACGAGCUGAAGUACAGUCCACAACGGUCGCAAUGUACCAAGACUUGGGAUUUGACGAAGCCAUGCUGCAGGCUGGUAGACAAACGACGUGCCUUGCUUUUCUUCUCUGGAAGCACGUGGCUCAAUUUGUUCUGGCCACUAAAGAAAUAGGAGAUUCAACAAGGAGCUGCAACUUUGACACGCUUUGCCGGCAUUACAAGACUAUUGCCUCGCUGAUUGCGCUUUGGAGUAGAUCAUUUGGCUCUGUCCCGCCUGGGACCAGUUUAGAUCUAAAACAAACCAAAUGCGGAAGAAUGUUUGCAUUCCAUGCCAACACUGGCAAUUUCGCGAUUCUACUGUUCUACGAAGUGGCACGGGAGCUUGAAGACAGACUCUCUGCCUUGCCUCCUAAUAGAGCAGGGGAUGGUCUUACAAACGCUCUUCGAUAUGCUCGCACACGUCUUAAGAGCCAGCGACUCAUGAGUGCAACAAUGACUUCUAUUAUAAUUUCAGGCUGCACUAGUGGCUCUGAUCUCGAAGUUGGUUCUUCCACUCCACAGCUUAAGGGAGUACCACAUAUCCCGUACGUCUCCCAUUCGACUCUGCGAGUUUAA